UAUAUAAAUUUAUUUGAGCUUUGUUUUCAAAGAAAUAAAUAAUAUUAGCAAGUCCGAGAAAAAAAGCACAGACUUUGAGACAAAAUUUGACCAAAAAAGGUAAACAUUAAGAAAUUUAAUUAAUAUCGAAUUUUGUAUUUCAUGUCAAGCGUAAUCAGUGAUUCAGACGAAGAAAGCAGGUCAGAGGAUUGGAUAGAACAGCCAACAAAGAAGAGAAGGAUGAAUAAAACUCCAAUAAGCUUAUUAACAGAGUUAUGUGUACAAAAAAAAGUUGCCUCGCCAGUGUUUGAGGAUCUAGACGUUAACGAUUUGUCUGACAAGUUUAAGGAAAUGGAUGCAAAGUUCUUCAUUAAAUGCUCGGCUUUUUCAAGAUCGGCGAUUGGAGCUUCAAUGACUAAGAAAUUAGCUAAACAUAUGUCAGCAGAUAUAGUACUAAAGAAAUUGAGGUAUGAAGUAUUUAGUGAUGAUGAAGAUGAUGAAGGUCCCAAAACAGUGAGUAGCAGUGAUCAUAUAUCAGAGUUGCUGAAUUUCUGUGUUCAAAAGAACUUCCACAAGCCUGAAUUCAACUUAAUUGAAGAUUAUGGACCUACACAUUGUCCAACUUUUACUUACGAAUGUGUCCUUAAUUCUAUAUCCAGAAAAGCUUCUGAUUCUAAUAAAAAAUCGGCAAAACAAAUGUCUGCUAAGUACGUGCUGGACAUCCUUAAAUUGUCAUAUCCAGAUCAAGAGAAGAAAGUUGUGAUCGUUAACGAAGAAAACAAUGUUAAAGAAGAGGCUCGACAAACGAUUACAACCUAUUUGGACCUCAAAAAGCGCAAUAAAGUUGACAAGAUGGGAUCUUUAUUAAGUAACCGUCAUAAGUUCUUCCUAGACUAUAAAGAUGAUGAAUUCAUCAACAAACUAAAGGAAAUAUUACUGGAAGACAUUCCAUUGAAUGAAAAGUAUGAAAACUUUCUGUUGGAACUAAAGAAGAAAUGGGAUUACAACAUUGCAAACUUUGCGGAUCUGGAUCUUAAAAUGUUUGAGCUAUUGAUUGAAUUUGAUCAAUUUACUGUGAAUUUGGUGAGCACGGAAAAAGAUUUAAAGAACACAGUCAUCGAAUAUUUCAUGAACAUGCUACAUUUGACACCAAUUGCUCAGCAUAAAUGUGGUUCUGUUUUAAGUCUUGAUGACAUUCAAUUAGUUCCUUUGAAAUAAUUUCAGCAUGUAUUAUAAACUUAAAAUUGCAUUUUUAUUGCUUUAACUAAUGUGAUUGAUAAACUAAUAUUGCAGUUCAUGAUUUAAAAUGUAACGGUUCACUAUUUUUCAAAAAAAAUGUCACAUAAAUUCAAAUAUUUUUC